UAUUGCCAGACCAAAAAAGUUCGACUUGGUGUUUGUUCACGUCUUCUUGUCCUUGACAACGUAACCCGUCAACUCCCCUCCUUCAGCAGCAAAGCAGCAGCAAAGCCGGCAAAAUGGGUCGCGUUCGUACCAAGACUGUCAAGAAGUCCGCCAAGGUCAUCAUUGAGCGGUACUACCCCAAGUUGACCCUCGACUUCGAGACCAACAAGCGCAUCUGCGAUGAGAUCGCCAUCAUUGCCUCCAAGCGCCUCCGCAACAAGAUUGCCGGCUACACCACCCACUUGAUGAAGCGUAUCCAGCGUGGCCCCGUCCGCGGUAUCUCCUUCAAGCUGCAGGAGGAGGAGCGUGAGCGCAAGGACCAGUACGUUCCCGAGGUCUCUGCUCUCGACUUCACCCAGAACUCCGAGAGCGGUCAGCUCGACGUCGACACCGAGACCAAGGACCUCCUCAAGCACCUCGGCUUCGACUCCAUCCCCGUCAACGUCAUCCCCGUCACCCAGGCCCAGCCUGUCGAGCGCGGCCGCCGCUUCGGCGACCGUCCCCGCCGCGACUAAAUGUCGCCCGGUCGACGAUAACCAAAACAAUAAUGGGAAAUCGGGCGUUGGAUCAUGCACUACGGUGGUGUCGGUCCUACCUGGGUUGGUGUUCGGUGUCUAUCUGGAACAGGGUAGCAUGAGAGCAUCAUUAGGUCACAUCUGCGAAACCAAAUGCGAUCUGUUUGCCCACAAAAGGUGUCGCUGACUCUCUUGGUGUAAUGCCGGAGACGAUGCUUGAUUGCCAAUUCUCUUCCCGUCCUCGUAUGGGAUUGUGGUGCCAUAUAUGCUCUAUGGUGACUGUGUUGAGGGGCAGGGUUGGGACUUGGAUGGUGUGGUUCGGCACAAGUGCCAGGAGGGGAGUUUGCUUCCGCCCCGGUUUUUGGGUCAAACGCCAUCAAGGAACCUCCCAGUUCUGGUGAUAUGCUAACUCGCAGCUUGUCUAUGUCCGGGACUUGGACAGCCAUUAAACGCCCGUCUGGGUAUAUAAAACUACGUAGGCUUGACGUUCUUGGUUGGCCCAACGAACUCUGUAAUAGACUCAAGGUGGGUAUCUUUCAAGAUUGGUCAUCUGUAAAUGCUAUGUCUGUCCAGGUUCUGCGCAAGUUCUACAAUCUAGCGUAAAUACUGUCUUGCCUGGACUACAUGGAUAUUUGCAUGCGUCCCGACAGAUAGUCAUUAAUAUCAUCAUCGUCCUCAUCGGUAUCUUCACUUUCGCUCUCGCUACCAUCGUUCUUUGCAGCUUCCUGGCUCCUGAUAUCAGUGCCGAACCUAGGCUUGUGGCCUUCAACCAUACGAUGGGCAUCCUGCGGGUUCUUCUUCCGGGACGUAGAAGACGCCUUAGCGUGAUCCGGUGCUUUUGCCGGACCUGUCGUUGGCUUCUCCCGGAUCGUAACUUCCACACCUUGACCGGCUAGCAGCCUAUCCAGCUUCCCGCUGCCCUGGCCUCUCUCAACCGCCAAAGCGUCAGCAUCCCUCUGCAUCUGCGCAGCCUUGUCCGAAAUCUCGGCCUUCCUGUUAAGAUCCAAUCUCGCCAGGUCAGCAGCGACUUUGUCCUCCGCUUCUUUGAUACUUGUCGUUGCCUUGUCCUUGGCCUUCUCUUCCUCUCCAGACGAUGGCUUCUUCUUCUUCUUCUUCUCCUCCUCCUCCUCCCUCAACUCAACUUUAACCACCCGCUUCCCCGUCUCCAAAUCCGUCAUAUAACUCGGAUUAUCCAACUGCACUUUCACAUACAGCGCCCGGACCGCACACGCAUCCGAGCACCACUUGUUCAAGUCCUCCGUCUUGGCAAUGUUGCCCGUCCGCAUAAUGAUCUUGUACUCCCCCUCAUACUGCCUCCUCUUCCGCGGACAGAGCACGUACCCACACGCACCCAGACAGUUGCGCUCCUCGAUGAGCUCCAGAUACUCCCGCGGCGUGAAGUCGGCGACCAAUUUGAGAAACUGACGGGCGUCCUCGGGGUGAGGGUUGGCGGCGCUCAGGGGCUGGUGGUUGAGAGGGUGUAAGGCGGGAGGUGUCGUGCGCUGGGUGGGGAAGGAGGAGGAGAGGAGCUCGAUGGUUUCGAGGGGGAUGGCGGGCUUGAGCUCGGUUUGGGAUAGACGUUGGAGGAGGAGGGCUUGUUCGUGGGCGAGCCGCUGUUCGGUGGGGAGGGAAGAU